GCUGCGCCGCUCGGCAGCUGCAGCCUCCCAGUGAGAGAGUGAACCUGCCCGGGCUGAGCGAGCAGGACGUGUGCGGCGGUAAUGGCUGCCAGGGAGAGGGAGGGAGACAACAAACGAAGCCCCGACAAGCGAGCCUAAGUGAGGACUAGGAUGGUAAGCAGCCAGCCGAAGUACGAGCUGAUCCAGGAGGUGGGGCGUGGCAGUUACGGCGUGGUCUAUGAAGCAGUAGUGAAGCGCACAGGGGCCCGAGUAGCGGUGAAGAAGAUCCGCUGUCACUCUCCAGAGAAUGUGGAGCUGGCUCUGCGGGAGUUUUGGGCCCUAAGCAGCAUCCAAAGCCAGCACCCCAAUGUCAUCCACCUGGAGGAGUGUAUUCUGCAGCGGGACCAUCUGGCCCAGAGGAUGAACCAUGGUUCCAGCUCCCCGCUCUACCUGGAGCUGGUGGAGACGUCUCUUAAAGGCGAGAUCACCUUUGACCCGUGCUGUGCCUACUACUUGUGGUUCGUCAUGGACUUCUGUGAUGGGGGUGACAUGAACGCCUACAUUCUAUCUCGCAAGCCCAGUCGCAAGACCAACACCAGCUUCAUGCUACAGCUGGGCAGUGCCCUGGCCUUCCUGCACCGCAACCAGAUCAUACACCGCGACCUCAAACCGGACAACAUCCUCAUCUCCCAGGCCUUCACACCAGCCGGGGCGUCUGAGCCCACCCUCAAAGUGGCCGACUUUGGCCUGAGCAAAGUCUGUUCCACCUCCGGGCUCAACCCAGAGGAACCAGCCAGUGUCAACAAGUGCUUCCUGUCCACUGCUUGUGGAACAGACUUCUACAUGGCCCCGGAGGUCUGGGAAGGCCACUACACUGCCAAGGCGGAUAUCUUUGCCCUGGGGGUGAUUAUCUGGGCCAUGGUGGAGCGCAUCACCUUUGUGGAUGUGGAGACCCAGAAGGAGCUGCUAGGGAGCUAUGUGCUGCAGGGCACAGAGAUUAUACCCUUAGGGGAAGCCCUGUUGGAGAACCCAAAGAUGGAGCUGCUGAUCCCCGCCAGGAAAAAGAGCAUGAACAGCCACAUGAAGCAGCUGAUCAGGGAGAUGCUGUCGGCCAACCCUCAGGAACGGCCCGACGCCUUUGAGCUUGAGCUCAGACUGGUCCGUAUUGCCUGCAGAGAACUGGACUGGGACACGUGAUGGAUGUGAUGGACCACAUACUCAGUCGAUCAAGCACAUGUACACAUCUCAUCAUCUACUCUUAACUUAGAUGGUCUUUUUUUUUUUAACUAGAGAAUAAUAACUAGAAUAGUAAUUGUUUGCAUCGUGGCUGAAACCUCAUCCACUUUCCAAGAGCAUUCAGUCCUCUGCUAGCUUUGUCUUUAUAAUGAAGAGGAGAUGUGUGACACCAACCACUGCUGCUGCCACUGCUGCUCCUCAAACUGCAGCUUAGUCUCAGGCUAAUCACACCACAGCUUCCACUUCGUCCUAACAGAUCCACUCAAGCAUGAUGAAGGAGGCGAAUGACCCCAAAAGCCCUUGAUUCAUUUAGAAGUGAAAGUAAAACCGUUUGUCUACAAAUACCACCUUGGACUCGGUGCUAAUUGUUACCAAAUGCAAUAUGAGACAUAACCCUGUGAUUUUUAAAGUGUACAUUUAUCCAAAAACCCAGUCACCUCAGUAUGUAGAAUGUUGUGAAACUGUGUGUGGCUUUAACAGAACCAGACUUACAAACUGUUUUCUGCCUGGACAUCACCACCAGCACUAAUAUGUACAUCGAGAUUUGAUCCUGUUUUGGCAUCAAAUGCAGAUAUGCACUGAAUGCUCAGGUAAAAAAAAACAUACAGUGUGGUGGUAUUUGUAGACAAAUAUCUUUUGACAAGGAUGGACUUGAGGGGUAAGAAAACCAAACUUUGGUGCUGGAAGAUAACAAAUAGUUUCCGUUGGUUGUGCGGGUGGAGGACGGGGUUAUCAGUUAGUACCGAGCCUGCAGGUUCUUGUUUUGGCUUUUUUUCUUUUCUUUCACCCCAUUGCAAAUUUCAAGAUAAAUGGAUUGGUACACACCCCUAACUAGAGAAUGUUAAAUGAUCGUGACAGGCAACCUUAUUUGUAUAGAGCCUUAAAUGCAAACACACCCAACAUAAUGACAAAGCGCUUCACACAGUUGGUGAUGAUGAGAGCUCAGAGGAUGAAUCUGGUUUGUCACAACUUGGGCAACCAAAUUUUUAAUAAUAACAAUGUAUUCUCAAAGUUAACUGACCCCCCACUUUACUUAAGUUAUUGCUGCUGCACCUCUUGAUGUUAAUGCUUUACAGAUGGAGAACCCACGAUUUAGCCUAUACAUUACUUAUUCUGUACAACAUAAUCAAACAAACUUAAGCUGCAGAUACAAGUUUCAUUUGUUUAGUUUUUAAAAGAAAUGCCCAAGUUCUCCGGUUCCAUCUUCUUCGUUGUGAAUAUUUUCUGGUUUCCUGAGUCUGUUUUGAUUACAAAUUAAAUGUAUUUGGGUUUUGGACUCUUGGUCAAAGAAAACAAGACAUUUGAAUACAUCACUUUAGACUCUGGGGAACCGCAAAAAGCCUGUUGUUGACCUUUUACACUAAUCUUCAUUAUGGAUUCAUCAAUAAUAACUAGAAGAGUUAAUAAUAAAUGUAUUCAUAUUUUAUUUAUAAUCAAAAAUAAUUUUAAGUUUUAGUAAAACUAGAUACUGCCAUUCAGCUGUAAGACAGCUGAACUUUUGCUAGAUUGUAAGAAUUGAAGUUUUUCAUAAUCUAAUGAAGCGUGUACAUGGACACAUCAUCAGUGUGACACCUUAGUCCAGGCGACCUGUGUUGACACGUUUCACGUCAACUUCUUUAAAUUCAGUAAAACAACUCUGAAACAGUAGCCUCUGUGUUACACAGACUCUCACACUGUGAAUGUAUCAGCUGUGAACGAGGCUUAUUCUAAUGUACUAAUGUAGCCCCACAUAAUAAUAUACUGAGCAAAUGGUGAUGGUCAUUGCAAACAACCUCAGGCUGUAAAUGCUGAGGUACGUGGCAUUGAUCCAUGUCACAUACCUAUACAUAGUAAUCACCUACUGCGUGACUCUCUUUAGUUACUGGAAGAGAAAACAAAGGCGUCACCCACACUGUCUGUUUUAAACAUCCACCACAGGUAACAGACUAAACUCCUGGUUCAGCUUUGGCCUACCAUAAUAGUCACUGUGCACAUGAUAACUUCUUAUGCGUAAUGAGUUAUUAUUACCGUAACUUUGGAAACUCUUUGUUUCCGUUUCAACUCAGAGUGUUUUUAUAUGAUUUGUCGGCGAGUUUACGACCUGUUCAUAUUUUUGGGGUGUUAUUUUAGCCUCAUCUGUCUUGAUUAUAAUGGUACCAUGCUCUGUAGGAUAAAUACGAUGUUAUCUUAGCCAGUAGAAAUAAUGUCAACAAGUCUGAAAAGACAAGAAUCAUCCAAUAAUAAUGAGAUGAACAUUUUAACCUAGCGAGCACGACAAUGAAGAAGUGUGCUCUGUGUUCAGAGGACUCGCCCACACAUGGCAAACAACCAUGAUGACAGAACUCGCUAUGUUAGCUAAACAUACAUUAAAUCAUGUGAAAUGUGAGCCGCUUGAAUUAUAAGAGCAGGGACAUGAAUAUUCACUCCCUCGUCCAUUUAGACCUGAUUGAGCCAAAGGGGUGAGGUGUUUCGUGACAGCACUUUGAUUUGGGGCUUUAUAUUUAGUCCCAGUAACUACAGUCUGCAUCAUAUGGAAGAGCUCUGUGGGGCUGGACUGCGUGUGAUAACUGGGUUGCUAUUUGUUUAUCAGGCAAACACAAUGUCAGCCAGCAGUCUACUUAUGCAUGCAGUGCCUCUCACCUUCAGGGAAGAAGCGAGAGAAGACACCAGCUCGCACAAUUCUCCAUGAGCCAGAUGAUCUCUGCUCUUUUUUUUUUUUUCUUUCAUUUUAUCCUUUGACACAUAAUACUGUUGUGUUUAACUUGAUCUCCUUUCACUGUGUCACUGCUCCUCGUAUCCUCGGGCUCUGGAUCUUACAGUAAUCCCUUUCUUCAUGCUUCCGACAGGCUAAUUCUAAGCCUAUUAAGUUGUUGCAGCACUUGGCAGAGGAUCAGGCCCGGGACCCCUUUUGCCUUUCAGGUCAUACAUAAUUUGUGCACUUUUGCAAAUUUGACAAAACCCUGUAAAAACCAAACGGUCUUGGCUUCUUCGUUGCUCUCAAACUCUGGCAGACGAUCAGGUUUUCCUCGACUUGUUGACAACAUUUAUCUGUUACAUGGCCUUUAAUUCUCCCCGUACCUGUAAUAGUUUUAUUUCCUCCUGAUGCUAUCAAAAUUUGCCUUAUUUCACUUUAAUUUUGACACUAGAAUGGCCUCUUCAAUAUUUACUCAAACACAGAAUUGGCAGAGGUUAUGCUUGAGCUGCACCCGGCUUUGCCGACUCAGCGAGGUGCUUUUUGGUAUGAACAGCAAUACCACGAAUCAGUAUUAAAAUGCCUGCCUCUAUGCUGCUUCCGACAAUGCUGCGUUGCUUCAAGUAUGUGAUUUGUGUCUUCCUGUACACAAAGAAGGUCACACAUAACCUCAGAGCUCAAAGCCAAGCAGAGAAUGACGGGUGGAGUCACGUUUGAUUUGAUUUCUUACUUUAUCCCUUGUAAAGAAAUAAAAAAGGGGGGGCGGGGGGAGCAUUUCAUUUCCUGUGUUGUUUGCCAAACAAAUGCUAGAUCUGUGGUAUCAGGAGAUUUCACCCUUUUGAUUUAUUGUAUUCAAUUCUUUUGCACAUGUGUAAAUACUGUAUAUGAUCAACAGGGGAUGAACAAGGGUGAUGUACAUUUGAUUGGAUGUGCUCUGUUUUCAAGAGCCAGACUUGUUUGAAAAUUGCUGUGAUGGAAUCAGUUUUUCUUCAGCUCUUAAUUGCGCUUCAGUUUACUUCAAUCAUUGAAAAGUUGUGAUAUAUUUCCAGGUUAAUAAUGUCGGUGUGCUAGUGAUAAUUGUAUGUUUUACAUUGGCUUAUUGUUUGUGAUUUUCUGUCAUAGCAAAGCUGAUAUACAACUUUGGUCAACUCUGUCGUCUUUUCUGUCUGGUACUGGACUAUCUGGAAAUAGAACAGUCUCAUUGGUAAUUCUGGGACGUGAAUCAAAUUCACCACUGUACGUAGAUCUGAUCCAGGACCAUCACAUAAUGUACCACGGCACUGCUCAUGCUGUGUCCUGGGACUUGGAUGUUUCAGUCACUGUGUGGCUCAUGAAUUUGUUACAUUAAAGAUGUUGAAAAAAAGAACUCACUUGAUGGAAGGCACUUGUUUUUGGUGAAUGUGAAGAAAAGCUCAGUACAAAAGAUGUAAUCAUGACAACAUUCAAUAAAAACCUUUAAAAAAAAAAAAAAGAAAGCA